UUUGGUUUAUCAACUGCUUGUUUUCGGAGUUGUCCGUCCGGCAUAACAGUCCGACUGGAAACACGGGUUGUGUCUAGUAGGGAAGCUUCUACCCGGUUGUUGACGUGCAUCUGGUCUUUGUUUGCAUCGUAAUCUAAACGUAAAUAGAGCUGAUUUGUUUGUUCACAGAUGGACAGUGUGCCAUGCCUUCGUGUGCCUCAGUGUCAGGCUCAGAAGCUCAGGAGGUCACUACAGUCCAAAGGGGCUCUGGACCUGAGUUUGAGUUUAGUGAAAGACUCAGAUGGGACAGUCCUCCUGCCCAUUUUAGCAUCCUGUUUGUCCCAGCUCGAGCUUCAGUCUUUCAGGACCACUGUGGCUUCAGAUGAUGAUUUUGAAGUAGUUUGGAGUAAGUCUGCACUGCAGUCAAAAAAAGAGAAAGGAAGGGCGAGUAGUAGUAAACUGGAGAAAGUCCUCCAGGAGCUGUUGGAGUCUCAUGGUGAAAGAUGGACAGAAGAGCUGAAGAGAGACAUCCCUCGCAGUUUCCAGCGACAUGGAGACCUAGUCCUGCUGGGAGACACUUGUUUUGUUCUGCCAUUAUGGGAAAACAUGGAUCAACAGCUUUGGAGCACAGUGGCCAGAGGACUGGGAGCAAAGCGCCUAGCAAAGAUCAGGAGAAUUUCAAGAGAUGGAUUUAGAUCUCCUGAGGUGACGAUGCUGCUAGGAGCGCACAGCUGGGUUAAACAUGUAGACAAUGGCAUUAGUUAUGAGUUUGAUGUUACCAAGUGCAUGUUCUCGGCUGGAAACAUAACAGAGAAGCUCCGGGUGGCUGGAUUUGACUGCAGAGGGGAGACUGUAGUGGAUUUAUAUGCAGGUAUUGGAUACUUCACUCUCCCAUAUCUGAUGCAUGCAAAGGCCAGUCAUGUUCAUGCUUGUGAGUGGAACCCCAACGCUGUCGAAGCUCUAAAGAAAAACCUCGAGGCAAACGGAGUGUCUGACCGCUGCACGAUUCACCAAGGAGAUAAUCGCCAACUCCAGCUGUGUGGCGUCGCUGACCGAGUGAACCUGGGUCUCAUACCGAGCUCUGAGGACGGCUGGUCUGUCGCCUGUCGACUGCUCAGGAGAGCAACAGGAGGCGUUUUACAUAUACACCAGAACGUUACCUCGCCAGUACAGCACAGUACAGCCGGCGAUGCCCCCCAGAAGGUUUCUGGGAAAAAAGCAGACAGAGAGGUGUGGCAGGCCUGGGCCGAAGACACGGCAAAGCACUUCGCUUCUCUUUUAAAAGACUUCACUGGUACACAGUGGACAACAAACAUCCAGCACAUCGAGCAUGUUAAGUCAUAUGCACCUCAUGUUCACCAUGUCGUGCUGGACUUGGAGUGCAGGCCUUCCUGAGAAAGUAAUCAUCACAAACACUAAACAGACACUGUGGUGUUAAACAAACAGACGUUUCUAACCAAACCCUACACAAGCUGGUUUAAUCAUUUGUCAGGCUGUGACAAACCAACCGCAACCAUCAUUUAUCCAGAGGCCUCCACUACAAAGCAGGAUUUGUGGCUUAGCAACGUAACUUUGGGGUUAACCCUGGGUCUCCAGUCUUGCAAAGGUGGUUCAGUUCUUACUCUGGGUGCGUUGCCAGGGUAACUUAUGCUGCUGACCUUACCUUGUGGAAAAGCCCAUGGACUCAUGGACGUGCGCAGGUAGAAGGAAGGUCUAGUUUUUGUCUUUCCUCAGUGAGCACGAUUAAGAAAUGUAGAUGCUCAGGAGAAACUCUAGUCAUAUGUUUUUGUUUCUGUUAGCUGAAAGCAGUUCUAAAGCGUUUUUUCUAAUCCUUAAUAUUGUAAUAUAAUCCUAGAACAGAGCAACAAAGCUUUGUACUUGAUAAGCUCACAUAAGUUACAGGUUUAAAUUGAAUAUGUUUGUGUAAGUUCUCAGUCAUCCAGGACAUGGUAGUCUUGAGUGCUUAGAAAGGAAACAACUGGGCGUCUUUAGGUUCAUCAAUACCGUUUGUCUCUCAUCCAGGAAGCACCUUUAGUUCUAAAACACCUGCUAUAGAAUCCCAGGUAUUUAACCCCUAGUUAGGAUUAUCCCCUUGGAGGCGGUCCUGAGAAUCCUUGACCCAAUCAUGUGAAAAAGGGCCUGACUCACUGGGGACAAAGUGUGAAAGACGCUGUCCCACUUAACUGUCACGUGAGCUACUGAGGUCACCUCAGACAUUUUGUGAGUGGGGGUUGAAGCAUCUGGGAACGGAUCUCAAGAUGCAUUUUAGGUGGUUCUAGGUUUGUUGACAGUGGAUGUAGAUGCCUCCUUUAACACUGCGAUCUUUAAAAGACUGUCCUUUUUCCUUUAGGUGCUGAUGAGGUGGUGCCAUGCAUUUGUGUAGUGAUGAAAAUGUCUGGGCACUAAGAAAUCUGCCUUCUUUUUAAACACUCAAUCUUUAAAUUGAAUUUUUUUUUUUUGGUUUAAAUUUUUUUAUUUUAUUUACUUACAUUGAACUUGCUAUGAAAGAAAGAAUAAGGUUUAAAAUCAUCUUGCACACAUCAAACAGUAGGUGGUUAAUUUAACAGAAUAUGCAGUUGUAGUCAUGUGAGACUCUUGAAUGUCCUGGAGCUUUAAUAUUGAUUAAUCUGUGAAUUUACACAUCAGCACGUUCCUAAUACAGCUGCUUUGCCUGCAGUGGCUGUAUUACAAGACGCAUUUGACUUCUUCAUAUGUUUCUAAUAUUCUACCUUGCUCAUCUUAAAAUAUGCACUCUUCUGGCAUGUGAACAUGCUCGUAGCUGGAUUAUGAGAAACACUGGGUUGACAUGUUGAGUUUAUAACCACCUUCGUAGGUUUGCCUCAUCUUGUGGCUAAUGUAUGGAGAUGUGAACUUGCUUUGAACGUAGUACAGGCCUCAGGUUUCCUGCCUCACUUUUAUGCAAGGGACUUAUGACCAGCGCUGGAAAUUCCUCGUUCAUGGGAAUUAGUUGCAAUCCCCAAUCCCUUUCACGAGUGCACCAGAGUCACAGUGUUACCAGCGAGCAGCUAAACAGUCAGGCUGUGCCUUGCUAAAGAGCAGCUCAUUGUUGUGUUGUACUAUUUCUCAGGUGUUUGAUUACUAGUACCGUUGAGGGUGGCUGCAUUGGAAAGCAAAUACACUAUUAUCACUGUUAUUCUGCAUUAGUCAUAAAUCUGCCAUGAUUGAAGAUCCACAACCCUCCUUGUUGUUGUUUUUUUGUUUGCUUUAAAGGGGGAAUGUUUUACUACCAUGACCUAUAUGCAUGACAUAUUAAAGGAAAAGCCUGAAUAAAUGUCUGCAGAAUGCAGUUUUCAUACAUUGAGAAGUUAUGUGAAUCAUAUGAUUUGGCUUUUUGCAGGCACGUGGUCUGAAUCCAGUUAAGUUGAUACGAGAGAUUUGAACCUUAAUUGGGGGAUAUGUUCUGCACGGA